AUGGGUCCCCUGAUACUAAACUCACGGCUUUUUCACCGGAGGAUAUCCGAUCCAAAGGCCACCCUGGGUCCAGUGUCCAUGGCCCAGGCCGCAUCCGAUCCAUUCCUGGUGCCGACAAGUACAUCCAGAGUGCAACUUUCACCGACUGCAGCAGCAUUUACGCCGAUUGGGAUGGUAGAUACUGUGGCCAACAGCAACCUGUCCCAGCCCCUGACCCGUGCCCUCCCUAGUGUCAGCUAUUUAGCAGUUGACUCCAUCGCCGAAGUGAAUGGAACAAGUAGCGGGCUUGUGAGCCCUUUUGAUCAGGGUUCAUCUGACUAUGGGACCAUUGGAAGUGCUCGAGAGUUUAGGGGCCUGUCGUCUGGCGCAGUUCUCGAGAAAUUUGAUGCUGAGCGGCGCAGUCGUGCUCUCGUUAUUGAGAAUGUCCCAACUAACCUGACUUAUAUGGCGCUGGCUGGGUUUUUCAACCGGCGUGAAUUUGGCACCCUUAAAGGCCCUGUUCUCACAGAACUUAACUCCAUGGGGAAGGUAUACGUUUCCUUCACUGAUAGCCGCGAAGCAAAGAAGGCGAUUGAGAAGGUCCGACUUCUUCGACCUGAAUGGCGCGUGUUCCCUCUUACAGCCAAGGAGUAUGUACAGCAUACGGAGCCGACUCUUUUGUCCGAUGUUUCUGAUUAUGAAGGCCAAUUACUUGUGACUGUCUAUUAUGAUUCUCGAAACCCAACCUUGAAUCAGCACACGGUUACACGCUCACUCGAGACCAUCGUCACGACUUUCGGUGACAUGAAAGCCUUCACUCCCUUGCCUACUGGACAAGAUAACAUCAGCGAGUUCCAUCUCGAAUAUUUUAAUACCCGGGAUGCGGAAAAUGCUAUGUCUACACUCAAUGGAAGCUCGGUCGAGACCAGAUAUAGAGGACAAGCCACGUCAUCCCCUUCCUAG